AUGGAGCCGGAGCGACGGCGUCGAAGGCCCGCGGUAUCGUGCACCCUGUGCAGAAGACGCAAGAUUCGCUGCAACAGAGAAACACCCUGCAGCAACUGCGUGCGUUCCAAGAACGAGGCCUGCGUCUACGAGAACCAGCCUCCUCCGCACCGCGAGCAACGCCGUAGACAGGACGACGGAGCCUCCAGUGUCAGCACCUCCUCGACGGCGCCAGAUGCCGACUCUCUGCGCACUCGGAUCACGCAGCUUGAGAUACAGCUGUACCAGGCGACAAAGUCGAGCGCCCAGUCCCCUGCUUCAACGUCGGAUUCCAACAUCGAAGCACAUACGUCGCACCUUGGUGGAACCUUUUUCAUCCACCACUCCACCCAAAGCCAGGGCGUCGUCCGCAGCGUCUCGCACAAGGGCCGUUUGUUCGGACAGAGUAAUUGGAUGAACUACGGCGUGCCUCUGGCCAACGACAUCGCGGGGCUACUUGACGACUACGUGAACCGCGACUCGUCGAACCUUCUCCGCGGCGUCAUGCGCUGCAAGCGGAUGGCGAGAGCGAUCAAGGCGCAGCGCGCUCCUACAUGGCCUUGCCCACCGACCCCGGAUCUGCCACCCAAAGACACCACAGACACGCUUGUCGAAUGCUACCUUCGGACGACUGAGACAGUGUAUCGGGUCGUCCACAUACCCACGUUCAGGAAAGAGUACGAGGCACUCUGGGCGGCGGGUACGGAAGCAAACCCAGACCCCUCAUUCCUGGUGCUACUGAAGCUUGUGCUUGCUAUUGGCGCCGCCACCUACGACGACCAGUACUCGCUCCGCCCUUCUGCCAUUCGAUGGGUAUACGAGGCUGAAGCAUGGCUCUCCGAUCCGAGACGCAAAGCUCGUCUGGGCAUCCAAUACAUCCAAACCAACAUUCUGUAUCUCAUCGCUCGCGAGGCCGCCGCGGUUGGUGAAGACCUGGUCUGGAUUUCGACCGGCGAACUGUUCAGGGUCGCGGUAUUCGUGGGAUUGCAUCGAGACCCCACCCGGUUGUCUCCGCGGCCUGUCAUCGCUGCCGAGAUGCAGCGGAGGCUUUGGAACACCAUCUUAGAACUCUGUAUACAAUCGAGUCUGAACUGCGGGGGCCCUCCGCUGGUUACUCUGGAAGAUUUCGACACGGACCCGCCGGGUAACUUCGACGACGAGCAGCUAACGAGCCAAGAUCCCGUGGCGAGAGCUGACAACGAAUACACGGGAGUGUCUGUCACCACAGCCCUUCGUAGGACGUUUGCAGCUCGGCUAGCGGUUGCACGUUUAUUGAAUCACAUCGGCUCGACCGGAACGUACGAGGAGACACUUCGGCUGGAUGGAGAACUCAGGGCAUCGUACAAAGCCUUACGGCGGACUCUUCAAAAUUUUGAUCCAAGUAUUGGCCCUUCGCCUACGCAGUUUCAGCUGCGCAUGGUGGACCUGAUCAUGAAUCGCUAUCUCUUGUCCCUCCACGUCCCCUUUCUCGCGCCGGCUUUGCGGGGAACAGCCUACGCCUAUUCGCGGACGGCGGUGAUCGACGCCGCGCUCAAGAUAUGGUAUGCGACAAACCCAUCCUCCGCCGUAGUCGCUAUGCCGGGCGCGAAUGGGGCAACGUCGCCUAGGAAGGAUGAUUUAGAGCGGCUUACCGCCUGCGGUACCGGAUUCGGCCGCACUGGCGCCAUGCAAGCAGUCCUCGUCAUAGCAACCGAACUGCGAACCCAACUACAGGAAGAGGACAGCCUGGGGCCAGUGCCGUUGCGGCGCGACCUGCUGUCCGUUGUGGAGGAUUCGGUCGCUUGGUCCCUGUGGUGCAUCGAGGCAGGAGAGACCAAUGUCAAAGGCCACAUAUUCGUCUGUUUGAUGCUGUCAUAUAUACAAGCACUCAUGCGCGGCGUUAGAAGAGACGAAAUCCCGGAAAUCUUAGUAAAGGAUGCCGAAGAGAGCGAGCAACGAAGUUUCGCGGUGCUUGAACAGAUGAUGGGUCGAUACGGAACAGAACAGGCUGCGAGUGAGCUCGACCAGAUGUCGCUCAACAUGGCGCCUGAGCUGAUGGAAGGCUGGGACUUUAUGAUGUCCGAUGCCUCGUACAAUCCCGGCAACGUGGAUCCGAUGGGCUGGAUGUUCGACCAGGGGAGUACGCCGAUGUCGUUGCUCUGGUGA